AUGAGGGUAGCUGUUUGUGGUACUGUUGGUUCUGGCAAGUCGAGCUUGCUUUCCUCUAGUUUGGGAGAAUUACACAAGAUCUCUGGGACACUUAAGUUGUGUGGGACAAAGGCCUAUGUUUCUCAGUCACCUUGGAUACAGAGUGCUAUGAUAGAAGAGAACAUAUUGUUUGGUAAGGAGAUGGAUAGAGAAAGGUAUGAGAAGGUACUUGAAGCAUGUUCCUUGAAGAAGGACCUGGAAAUUCUCUCGUUCGGUGAUCAAACAGUUAUUGGUGAGAGGGGUAUCAACUUGAGUGGUGGACAAAAGCAAAGAAUACAGAUAGCACUUGCUCUCUACCAUGAUGCCCAAAUCUAUCUAUUUGAUGACCCUUUCAGUUCUGUGGAUGCUCAUACUGGAUCUCAUUUGUUUAAAGAAGUUUUGCUUGGUCUUUUAAGUUCAAAAACUGUUAUUUAUGUUACUCAUCAGGUUGAGUUCUUAUCCGCUGCUGAUUUAAUCUUGGUCACGAAAGGUGGCAGGAUCGUACAAGCUGGAAAGUAUGAUGACAUUCUGAAUUCAGGAUCUGAUUUUAUGAAGGAAGGAAAUAAUGAUUCACAAAUCGGUGAAGCAGGUGAGGUAGCCAAGGCACAAGCACAACUCAUUCCAGAAGAAGAGAGAGAGAAAGGCAGUGCUGGGUUUCCAAUCUAUUGGAAGUAUGUCACAACGGCAUAUGGAGGAGUUCUGGUGCCCUUUAUAUUACUUUCGCAACUUCUCUUUCAGAUCCUUCAAAUUGGUAGCACCUAUUGGAUGGCAUGGGCAACUCCUGUUUCAAUGGACGCGAAACCCGCUGUUUCUAAUGAUCAAAAUGCGCUAGACAUGGAAAUUCCGAAUCAAGUUGGGGACCUUGCCCUCGAAGCAAUCGAGCUUCUGGGAAUCGUUGCAGUGAUGUCUCAGGUGGCGUGGCAAGUUUUUAUAGUUUCCAUCCCUGUGAUUGCUGCCUGCGUCUGGCAUCAGCAUGGUCUUGCAACCAUUCUUUCAAACUCAUCUUCCAUGAUGCAUUCGCCAGGUUCUAACAUGGAUUUUCUUCUUAAAUCCGUUUUCCUACGUGGGUUUUCUGGAUCAUUACACUUAGCUUUGUUACUUGCUUUAUUUGUUUCAUUUGUUUGUAAGAAACUCAGGGUGGGUGAUGGGGAGGGUUCUAAAGAAAGGUUAAAGAUGAAGAACGGGUUUUUGUUGUAUAAACAGACUUUGUUGUGUUGUUUAGGUGUCUCAUUGUUUAAUCUCAUCUUGUUUUUGUUGAGCUACUUCUAUUCAUAUAGAAAUGGCUGGUCUGAUGAUAAAGUAGUGACCGUUUUGGAUUUAGUGCUCAGAACACUCUCUUGGGGUGCACUUUUUGUUUAUUUGUAUACCCAAUUCUUCAAUUCAGGUGAAAAAGUGUUCCCUUCGUUAUUGAGAGUUUGGUGGGGUUUCUAUUUGGCAAUUUCUUGUCAUUGCUUUGUUGUAGAUCUUUUCUUUCAUCACAAACAUGGGUCUUUGGAGAUAGAGUACUAUGUAGUAUCUGAUGUAGUCUCUGUGUUUACGGGUUUGUUUCUUUGUUAUGUUGGGUUUUCGAGAAGUGAGAUUCAAGAUGUACUUGAAGAACACCUCUUGAGUGGUGAUUCUAGUUCAAUUAAUAAUUUGGAGACAAGUAAGUCUAGAGGGGGAGAUACGGUGACUCCUUAUGGAAAUGCUAAUCUUUUCAGUAUUCUCACCUUCUCUUGGAUGAAUUCUCUAAUUGCUGCUGGCAAUGAGAAAAUUUUAGACCUUGAAGAUGUUCCUCAACUUCACAGUGUUGAUAGUGUGGUUGAAGCUUUUCCAGUUUUUAAAAAUAAGCUGGAGUCCGAUUGUGGUACUGCUAGUAGAUUUACUGUGUUCAAGCUUGCAAAAGCAUUGUUCUUGUCAGCUUGGAAACAAAUUCUAUGGACGGCUUUAUUGGCGUUGAUACACACGUUAGGUUCUUACGUUGGUCCUUACCUUAUCGAUGCUUUUGUUCAAUGCCUUGAUGGCCGAGGGGAAUUUAAGAACCAAGGUUAUAUUUUGGUUUCCAUCUUUUUGGUUGCAAAGCUUGCAGAGUGCCUCUCGCAGAAGCAUUUGCUCUUCAAGAUGCAGCAAAUGGGAACGAGGCUUCGUGCAGUAACAACCACGAUGAUUUACAACAAGAGUUUGACCCUUUCCUGUCAAUCAAAGCAGGGGCGUUCUAGUGGAGAAAUCAUCAAUAUUAUGACUAUUGAUGCGAAUAGACUUAGCACCGUUAGUUGGUACGUGCAUGACCCAUGGUUGGUCAUCUUGCAAGUUAGUUUGGCCUUGCUGAUCCUGUACAAAAAUCUGGGACUUGGGUCUGUUGCUGGUUUUGUCACCACAGUAAUUGUCAUGUUGUUAAAUUACCCUUUCGGGAGAUUGGAGGAGAAGUUUCAAGGCAAGUUAAUGGAAUCAAAAGAUAAACGAAUGAAGGCGACCACAGAGAUUUUGAAGAAUAUGAAAAUUCUUAAGCUUCAGGGAUGGGAAAUGAAGUUUUUGUCUAAGAUUGUUGAACUCAGGGAAGUAGAGACUCAAUGGUUGAAGAAAUAUUUCUAUACUUCACUAAUGAUCACUUUUAUCUUAUUUGGUGCUCCUAAUCUUGUGGCUGUGGCCACCUUUCUUACUUCUAUGCUUAUGGGUGUCCCGCUUGAAUCAGGGAAGGUCAUAUCUGCACUUGCAACAUUCGAGAUUCUUCAAGUUCCAAUCUAUAAACUUCCUGAUACAGUUUCUAAGCUAAUUCAGACAAAGGUUUCUCUUGACAGAAUUGCAUCUUUCCUUGCUCUUGAUGACUUGCGGCCAGAUGUUAUAGAGAAGCUUCCAGUAGGUAGUUCUGAUGCAGCAAUUGAGAUUGUUGAUGGAAAUUUCUCAUGGGAUUUGUCUUCACCAAAUGCAACAUUGAAAGAUGUAAACUUCAAAGCGUACCAUGGUAUGAGAGUAGCUGUUUGUGGUGCUGUUGGUUCAGGCAAGUCAAGCUUACUAUCCUCCAUUUUGGGGGAAUUACCCAAGAUCUCUGGGACACUUAAGUUGUGUGGGACAAAGGCCUAUGUUGCUCAGUCACCUUGGAUACAGAGUGGUACUAUAGAAGAGAACAUCUUGUUUGGUAAGGACAUGGACAGAGAAAGGUAUGAGAAGGUACUUGAAGCAUGUUCCCUGAAGAAGGACCUGGAAAUCCUCUCAUUCGGUGAUCAAACAGUUAUUGGUGAGAGGGGUAUCAACUUGAGUGGUGGACAAAAGCAAAGAAUACAGAUAGCACGUGCUCUCUACCAAGAUGCCCAAAUCUAUCUAUUUGAUGACCCUUUCAGUGCUGUGGAUGCUCAUACUGGAUCUCAUUUGUUUAAAGUAAACUAUCCCAUCUUCCCUAGUACCAUUGCUUGCUUUCUGCUUGGCCUCUUAAGUUCGAAAACUGUUAUUUAUGUUACUCAUCAGGUUGAGUUCUUAUCCACUGCUGAUCUAAUCUUGGUCAUGAAAGAUGGAAGGAUCGCACAAGCUGGAAAGUAUGAUGACAUUCUCAAUUCAGGAUCUGAUUUUAUGGUACUUGUAGGUGCACAUAAGGCAGCUUUAUCGGUUCUUGAUUCCAAACAGGCAGGACCCGUUUCCGAAAAUGAGAGUGUCAGAAACGACAAUGGUGAAAUCAACAGUACUGAUGGGAUUGUAUGGAAAGAAGGAAAUAAUGAUUCACAAACUGGUGAAGCAGAUGAGGUAGCUAAGCCACAAGCACAACUCAUUCAAGAAGAAGAGAGAGUGAGAGGUAGUGUUGGGUUUCCAAUCUAUUGGAAAUAUAUCACAACAGCAUAUCGAGGAGCUCUGGUGCCCUUUAUAUUACUGGCACAACUUCUUUUUAUGAUGCUUCAAAUCAGUAGCACCUAUUGGAUGGCAUGGGCAACUCCUGCGUCAAAGGAUGUGAAACCUGUUGUUAGUGGAUCUAGACUAUUAAUCGUCUAUGCAUCUCUGGUUAUUGGAAGUUCUUUUUGUGUCCUGGCUCGAGCCAGUCUACUUGUAACAGCAGGGUACAAAACUGCAUCUCUACUGUUCAGUAAAAUGCAUCAGUGCAUUUUUCAUGCCCCCAUGUCCUUUUUUGAUGCUACCCCUAGUGGACGAAUCCUUAACAGAGCUUCCACAGAUCAAAAUGUAGUAGAGAUGGAUAUUCCAUUCCUAGUUGGGGAACUUGCCUUCCAAGCAAUCCAGCUUCUGGGAAUAAUAGCAGUGAUUUCUCAGGUGGCGUGGCAAGUUUUUGUAGUUUCCAUUCCUGUGAUUGCUGCCUGUAUCUGGUAUCAGCAAUAUUACAUACCUUCAGCAAGAGAACUUUCACGCUUGGUUGGAGUAUGCAAUGCUCCCAUUAUCCAAAAUUUUGCAGAAACAAUUUCAGGAGCAACAACUAUCAGAAGCUUUGAUCAAGAAUCAAGAUUCCAAGAAAUAAACAUGAGACUAAUAGAUGCCUAUUCUCGGCCCAAAAUUCAUAAUUCGGCUGCAUUGCAAUGGCUUUCCAUCCGUAUGGAUAUGCUCAGUUCUGUUACGUUUGCUUUCUCUCUGUUUCUUUUAGUCUCUUUUCCCGAACGAAUCAAUCCAGCCAUUGCAGGCUUAGCUGUGGCGUAUGCGCUUGGCCUACACAUGACACAGUAUGUGUUGAUAUGGCUUUUCUGCAAUUGUGAGAACAAAAUCAUAGCAGUAGAGAGAAUUCUGCAGUACAUGUCUCUUCCUGCUGAGCCUCCUCUUGUAAUAGAAGCGACCAGGCCAGACCAUUCUUGGCCAUCACAUGGUGAAGUUGAUAUUGAUAACCUGCAGGUCCGAUAUGCCCCACACAUGCCACUUGUGCUGCGUGGUCUCACAUGCACUUUCCCAGGAGGGAUGAAAACUGGUAUUGUUGGGAGAACAGGCAGUGGUAAAUCUACUCUUAUACAGACUCUUUUCCGAAUUGUCGAACCUGCAGCUGGUCGGAUUAUGAUUGAUGGCAUUGAUAUCUCAAUGAUUGGUCUGCAUGAUUUGAGGUCAAGACUGAGCAUUAUUCCUCAGGAUCCAACCAUGUUUGAAGGGACUGUACGAAGCAAUCUGGAUCCACUAGAAGAGUAUACAGAUGAACAGAUUUGGGAGGCUCUGGAUAAGUUCCAACUUGGAGAUGAAGUUAGGAAGAAGGAAAUGAAGUUAAAUUCCACAGUUAUCGAGAAUGGAGAGAACUGGAGUAUGGGUCAGAGGCAGCUACUCUGUCUCGGGCGUGUGCUACUCAAGAAAAGUAAGGUCUUGGUCCUUGAUGAAGCUACUGCCUCAGUUGACACAGCCACUGACAGUCUUAUUCAGCAAACUGUUAGGCAGCACUUCUCUGGCUGUACGGUAAUAACCGUUGCACAUCGGAUAACGUCUGUUCUUGAUAGUGACAUGGUUUUGCUUCUAAGUAGUGGGCUCAUUGAGGAAUAUGAUUCUCCAACAAGGUUGUUAGAAAACAAGUCAUCGUCAUUCUCACAACUUGUAGCAGAGUACACAGUGAGAUCAAACACCAGUUUUGAGAAAUCAACCUAG